AUGAGAAAACCUUGUUGUGACAAAGCAAACAUCAAUAAAGGUGCAUGGUCCAAGCAAGAAGAUCAAAAGCUCACUGACUACAUCAGAGUUCAUGGUGAAGGUUGUUGGCGUUCCAUUCCCAAAGCUGCUGGGCUGCAUCGUUGUGGUAAAAGCUGUAGGCUGAGAUGGUUGAACUACUUACGACCAGACAUCAAACGUGGAAUCUUUGCUGAAGAUGAAGAAGACCUCAUCAUCAAACUCCAUGCCCUCCUUGGUAACAGGUGGUCACUCAUUGCUGGAAGAUUGCCUGGAAGGACAGACAAUGAGGUGAAGAACUAUUGGAAUUCUCACAUCCGCAGAAAACUAAUAAAGAUGGGAAUUGAUCCAAAUAACCAUAGACCACACCAAAGCUUUUCUCGUCCUCAUGCUUCUUCUGCUGAGGGUGCAUCAACAUCUGAAUCCCUGAACAAAGGCCACAAAGUCCCUGUCUUCAAAUCCCGUGCUGCUGCUACUCAUCACAGGAUUUCCUUCACAAAAGAAGAAUCCACAAUUAUUUCGUCACCCCCUUUGAAUCUUGACCUAACAAUUGCCUUACCUUCGCCUAUGAUUGGUUCUUUGGAAGACAAGGCAAUACAAAAUUCCGAGUCCACCAAGACAUUGGUCAUGGAAAUAGAUCUCAACUGUUAG